AAUUUAUUUGCUCCUCUCUUUAAAGUCUGUUACUGAUUGAUAAAAUUCGAUCUUCUCGUGGUUAAUUUCAGACCUCGGUUGAUUUCUUAUGCAAUUCUGCCGAAAUCCCCAGAAAAGAGAGAGGAAACAUACGCUGCAGUUUCAAUAGAGAAACCUUCGCAACACCAAAAAUCGGAAGAUGGCUGUUGUUGGCAAAUCUCCAGUGAAACAGGGGUAUCGCAAUCCCUGUACCGACGUCAAAGACCGAAGCUCCAUGAUUGAGGUCCAGCCUGGUAAUAACAAGAACAAGAGAAGUUUGGAGUGUGAAAUCCCUCCGGAUAGGUCAACUAAGAAGCCCCGGCGUUCAGAUAAGGAUUUUGCCUUGAACACUAGUUACACAUCAGUAUCUGAAUGGGCGAGUCUUCCUAUGGACAUUUUCUUUCUAACGUUGGAUAAGUUGUUCGAACUCAUCGACCAUGUUCGUUUGGCUGUCGUUUGCAAGCAUUGGAACGAUGUUUCGAAAGCGCAUAAUCGUACAACUCAACGCUGGUGUAAGGUACUUCCCAUGCUCAUGAUCCCCUUCGGUAGCCGAACAAAGCGAAUGGUUUGUAGCCUUUCUGAAGGAAAAAUCUAUACAAAUGUUCAACUACCGGUGCCUUAUGAUAAGAGGUGCAGUGGCUCCAGUCAUGGUUGGUUGGCCACAGCGGAUGAAACUUUCGCUAUAACUCUUUUGAAUCCUUUCAGAAAGGCAGAGGCCAUUCAUUUGCCUCCCUUGGUAACCCCUUAUGAUCUCCCAGGCUGCCAAAGUGAGUUGCAGAAGCAUCGGGAUGAGUUGAAGAAGCAGUACCACUAUUAUGUCCGUAAGGUUAUACUAUCAGCUGAUCCGUCUUCAAAUCCGAAUAACUACGUGGUUGUGGCAAUCUACGACAAUUGUUGCAGGUUGGCUUUCAUUAGAGCAGGACAAAGAGAUUGGACUUACCUCGAGGAACCAUAUAUGUUUUCUGAUGCUAUUUUUCACAGAAAUGAAAUCUAUGCAGUUGGACUAGGGGGAAUAAUAGCUUCAGUUGAUAUCAACAGUAGUGAUGAUCCUUCAAGCCACCCAAAGGCAAUUAUACGUACACCUUUAAGACCAAUGGUACACCCGGUUUUCCCAUACAAAGCGGAUAAGGCAUAUCUUGUUGAAUCAAGCAAUGGAGACUUGCUGCAUGUUCGAAAGUUCUUGAAACCAAAGGAAGGUGUUGAUCAAAAGCUGGGGGUUGUCAAUUUUGUGGUGUACAAGGUGUUGUUCAGUGACAAAGAUGGGAGCAUCGUGAAGCAGAAUGUGGUGGAUAGCAUUGGGGAUGAUGCUUUGUUCUUGGGUGAUAAUCAUUCCAUGACUGUUUUGGCUUCAAACUUUCCUAGGUGCCAACCAAAUUCCAUUUACUUCACAAAUGACAUUUGGAAUGGUGGUAUUGGGAUCUUCAGUUUAGCAAACAAAACAGUUACACAACUCUACCGGCCUCAAAAUCCCAUCCCACCUGCGAUAUGGAUUGUGCCACCAAACAAUGGUCUUUGCUAG